CCGGCGCGAGACGAUGACGUCAUCUGGCGCGACGCUGUUUUUCGUAAACAGAAAGACCCUUGUGAGCUGACGCUCCUUCGCGCCGCGUUUAAAAUGGUCGUGUGUAACUUUUUCCUCCAGGGCCGCUGUCGCUACGGGGAGAAAUGCUGGAAUGAGCACCCGAGAGGAGAAAGCAGAGGAGGGGGAGGAGGUUAUAACGACAGCUACGGCCGCUCCGGUGGUCAGCAGCAGCAGCCCAGAGGAGGAGGAGGAGGAGGAGGAGGAGGAGGAGGAGGGUUUCGGAACAGAGUUUGGGUGAAUCCAUCCCAGCAAAGAGGAGGCUUUAUCCAACCGUCGUCCUUCUCCUCACAGGGAAGCAGUGACUGGGGUUCUGGAGGAGGAGGAGGAGGAGGCGGGGGAGGGGGGAGAAGAGAAAACUUGAAGAGCUCUGAUUUCAGCUUCUCAACUCAGAAUCGAUUCUCGGCUCUCAAUGCUUCCAACGCGUUUGACCGAGGAGGAGGAGGAAGAAGAGGAGGAGCAGCAGUGGCAGAAGGAACAGCCGGGGAUGAAGACGACGAUAAAAAACUUGAAGUCAUCCAGAUGGACAUGGACGCCUGGGAGAGCUCAGGACAGUGGGGCUUCUCGUGUUACUCCUACUUCAAGACGUCCAUAUCUGGGUUCACUGAUCUCUCUCCAGAGGAGCUCAGGUUGGAGUACUACUCCACGAGGGCAUCGGGAGACCUGCAGGGCUACAUUAACGGUGUUAAUCAGCUGCUCAGCCAGUGGAAAAGCAGAGUCCAGGAGCUGAAGGUUAUGAGUCCGUCCACACGUCUGGCUUUGCUCGCCGAGUUAAACGGAACGGCUCCUCAGUUGUCUUCGAGCGGCUUCGGUUCUACGCCGGCGACCGGGUUUGGCUCCUCCACAUCCACCUUUGGAAGAAAAGGCUUCGACGCUGCACCACCAGCCCAGACCAGCAGCUUCGGUUUCCCAGCUCCAAGCAGCGGCUUCGGUUCUUCAUCUACGUCUUCGCCUUCAACUGGGUUUGGUGGCCUCUUAGCUGCUCCGACACAACCCCCGUCCGGGUUCGGAUCCUCCUCGACACCUUCCGCUUCGUCCUUCUCGUUCGCCGCCCCGAGCGCAGAGAAGCCCGCGGCCUCUUCAGGAUUCGGAUCGGCCUCGGGGUUCAGCUUCUCCUCCGCGGCGGGAAACGCCGGGGGAGGGUUCGGGAGCGCCUUCGGGGCCGGCAGCGGCACCGCCUUCGGGGCGGCGACCGCUUCACCCGCAGCCGGAGCUGCCGCGGUCGGAGAGGCCACAGGCGCCCUGUUCUCGCCCGAGAGCAAACUGACCCAGGAAGAACUGAACCAGUUCAAAGCCAAGAGGUUCACUUUAGGACAGAUCCCACUAAAGCCUCCACCAGCUAGCAUGCUAGCCGUCUGACACCGAGAAACAAAAAUGUCCGUGUGCGUUGUGUGUGGAUUUUAACCGGGCCAAAGAAAGUAUUUAAUACAUUUAGCAACAAUGUUUAGGUGCACCUUUAAAAAUUAGUACAGAUUUCUACUCGGGACUCGUGUUCUGCACCAAAAAAAUGCAGAUUUAGAUUUUUUUUUUCCCCUCCAUUUGGCAGAUUUUUUUUUUCUUUUCAUUUUUGAUGAAAAUCCUGAUUUUGAAUUUGAAUAUUUAUCUGUAAACAAUCAAGAAUAGUUCCUACGACUUAACAUUAAAGAAAGGUCUUACAAUUAUUCAGAAUCAAAGUUUUUUUAAAUGUAUUUAUUGCAGCACUAUAUAGGUCACACCAAGCCGCAUUUACAGGCGGUAGCCAGAAGAGGGCGUCCCAACAAAAGCCGUAGCGCCUUCAUGCUUGUUUCUGAUGAACUACCUUCGCUUUGAUGUGAGCAGUAGUUCUCUACAAUCUUAAAAACGACAAGUUAAGAUCUACGAGUGGAAAAUCAUUCACACGCAGAGCACAGAGCACCAGAGGGUCUGCAGAUAAGCAAGGUGUGAGCGCAGUAGGCAAUAAGCAGUUUUACUACAGAGGCCACUGCACUGCUGACUGCUGCACAUUUUCAGCUGACGAGGAGCUCGCCUUGUCAGUGGAGGGGUGAAAGUGAGCCGACCGAGGUGUUUGCCGCCGGGUCAAAAGGUGGCGACUGUCACAACGGAGACGCGUCCCUGAAAAUUGUUGCAGGAACAUCCACGGCUGGCGGCUUCUCUCCUACCUCCUACCUCGGCGGCCCAUCCCCUUCCCCGUCCAAGCCUUCUCCUCCGCCAGCAGAUAAAACAUAAAUAAUUCAGCAGAUUAAAAAGGGGGGGCCUAUCUCAUGAAAAAGGCACUCUCAUUUCACUGGAACUCAUUUAAUUUGCAGGGCAGCUCCAUCAAAUUGCCUGUGUGCUUUUGCGUUGAUGCGGGAUGUGUGCACGGGUGGAGAGAGCAGAUCAGAGCUGUGUUACAAGCGGGGGAUGAUGAGGCCAGGGAUGUUUGGAUGUUUGCGCACACACACACACACACAGCCAGAUGUAUUUUUUUUUUCAUCUUCUCCUUUUGUCACCCUGUACGGCAGCCUUCACAUUUAUUUGCACACCUGGGGAUGUUGUGUAGAAAGCAACCAUCAUUCAUAGCAUCAGCAUCAUUUAAUUUGAGUACAUUUGUUUCAGUGGAAGAGACUGCCACAUUGAGAAAUCAUUAUUUGUUUUUAGCGAAGGACCUGCUGCCGCAACUACUGACGUGGCAAAAAAAAAAAAAAAAAAAAAAAGCAAUUAAAAGAUUUCAUAGGACAAAAAGGAUCUAUUUCUAUUUUGCCUUUUGCUCCUCAAAAUGGAAACAUACAUGCUGUUCAAGUGUCCAUUAUUAUACAAUAAAUGCGACUGGAAGAUUU